AUGGCCAAAAUCAACCAGCGACUGGCACGUGCAAUGCUGAGUGCUUUCCUCAUUCUCCAGCCUGUGCUGGCAGCGUCAGGGACAGGAACACUAGUACAGCGAGCAUCUCAGUCCUCGGUAUCUAUAUCCUCGACCACUCCAUCGAUGUCAACCCUAGCCGCGACAACCUGCAAUGGCCGCUCUGAGUACUGCACCCGGUCCUACUCAAAUAUCACAUUCGUAGGCUCCCACGACUCCGCCUUUGUCGGACCCUUACCACAGCAGAACCAAAACAUCGAUAUAAAAGCCCAACUCGACAUGGGAAUCCGGUACCUGCAGGUGCAAACACACCAUUCCGUCCUUGAUAGGAACGUCAUAGAGCUGUGCCAUACAUCUUGCUUGCUCGAAGAUGCAGGACCUCUCAGAUCGUUCUUGACAACUAUCAAAAACUGGCUGGAUGCAAACCCAAACGAAGUCGUCAGUCUUCUCUUAACAAACGGAGACUCGGUAUCCAUCACCGAAUUCGGAGACACUUUCUCCAGCAGCGGGAUUGCCAACUAUGCCUAUGUUCCCUUUACAAAUCCGCUACCAAUUGCAGACUGGCCCACACUAGGUGAUAUGAUAUCUAGCGGAAAGAGAUUGGUCGUAUUCCUGGACUACGGCGCCGACACUACAAAAGUGAACUUCAUUCAAGACGAGUUUGCCUAUUACUUUGAGACAGCCUACGACGUCACAGACGCCUCUUUCUCGAGCUGCAGUAUCGACCGGCCUUCUGGUGCCGCCGCUACAGGCCGUAUGGGCAUUGUCAAUCAUUUCCUUGAUGUCGAUGUUUUCGGCGUAAAGAUUCCAGCUCGCCACAGGGCAGACAUUACUAAUGCUGCGACAGGGCCUGGUAGUAUUGGCGCUCAGGCGGCGCUAUGCUCUGGGCUGUAUGGGCGUGCGCCGAAUGUGGUGCUGGCAGACUUUGUGGAUAAGGGGAAUGUUAUUACGGCGCAGAAGAAUUUGAAUGGGCUCUAG